ACUGUAACUUGAAGCUAUUUCGUUUUCCAUCGUCUUCUCCGUUUCACUUUCAAAUUAGCUUCUUUAAUAAAAAAAAACCCCUAAAACCUAAUCUGGAAGUAAACUCGUCAACCACUCCCCCCCAUGACCUCCCAACGAUACUCUUCCCUUAAAUCCCUUCUCCUCCUCCUCUCUGGAGACCAGCACAACCCACUCAUCUCCUUCCACUAUGACGAAUCGCCUCUCCCUCUCCGCCAUUCUCCUCUUCCUCUUCUUCUCCGCUUCUUCCGCUCAACAUAACGUUCGAACAGAGCGAAUCUCAGGAAGUGCUGGUGAUGUGUUGGAGGACAAUCCAGUGGGGAAGCUUAAGGUCUACGUAUACGAGCUUCCAAGCAAGUACAACAAGAAGCUACUUCAAAAGGACCCUCGUUGUCUCACCCACAUGUUCGCUGCUGAGAUCUUUAUGCACAGGUUCCUCUUGUCUAGUCCUGUCCGAACGCUUAACCCCGAUGAAGCUGAUUGGUUCUACUCUCCUAUCUACCCUACUUGCGACCUCACUCCUACCGGCUUGCCCUUGCCUUUUAAGUCCCCGCGUAUGAUGAGAAGCGCUAUUCAGCUAAUCUCGUCGAACUGGCCGUAUUGGAAUAAGACAGAAGGUGCUGAUCACUUCUUUGUUGUGCCUCAUGACUUCGGAGCUUGCUUCCAUUACCAGGAAGAAAAGGCUAUUGAAAGAGGGAUACUUCCGCUACUCAAGCGUGCUACUUUGGUUCAGACGUUUGGUCAGAGGAACCAUGUGUGUUUGGACCAAGGCUCCAUCACUAUUCCUCCUUUUGCACCACCGCAGAAGAUGCACGCCCAUCUUAUUCCUCCUGACGUUCCACGCUCUAUCUUUGUUUACUUCCGUGGUUUGUUCUACGAUGUUAACAACGACCCUGAAGGGGGCUAUUAUGCAAGAGGCGCAAGAGCAGCGGUGUGGGAGAACUUCAAGAACAACCCUCUAUUCGACAUCUCGACAGACCACCCGACAACAUACUACGAAGACAUGCAGAGAUCCAUCUUCUGUCUAUGUCCUCUAGGAUGGGCUCCAUGGAGUCCGAGGCUGGUUGAAGCGGUUGUGUUUGGGUGCAUUCCAGUCAUCAUAGCGGACGACAUUGUACUGCCUUUCGCGGACGCCAUCCCCUGGGAAGAGAUAGGAGUCUUUGUUGCGGAGAAAGACGUCCCUGAGCUAGACACGAUCCUAACCUCAAUACCAACAGAAGUGAUCCUCAGGAAACAGAGACUCCUAGCGAAUCCUUCGAUGAAACAAGCCAUGCUCUUCCCUCAACCGGCGCAACCAGGGGAUGCAUUCCAUCAGAUACUUAACGGGUUAGCCAGGAAGUUACCACAUGACGGAAGUGUAUACUUGAAAGCGGGUGAGAAGGUACUGAACUGGACCGCUGGUCCUGUUGGUGACCUUAAGCCGUGGUAAAUUCAAAGAGCGUUGUGUCUUGUUGUAAUUUCUUGGGUUUCACCUUUUUGAGAUAAAGAGCAUAUGUUGUUUUUUGUUUCAGCAUUUAAAAACAAACUAGUACUAUUUUUCCGGUGGAUUCUUUUUGUAGAUAACUUCAAUCGAGAAUUCGAGAUACAUAGAUCAAAAGAUGAAUGUACACCUCUGUCUUUGGUCGAUCAUACCACU